AUCUUAUUCAUUUGACACGCCAUUUUGAAUGUUCUUUUCUAACUUCUGUUCGUUAGGUGCACACGUGGUGAGAUUACUUUUACCGUUUAUGAUAUCCGGAUAUUGUAUUUUUUAUUAGCUGUAACGUCUAAUAAGAUCGUUCACAAUGUCGUCCCAUUUAAAUUGGAUGAUUAUUCGCAAUAAUAAUGCAUUCCUUUUGAAGAAACGUAACAUUAAUAAACCAUUUUCUACGGAACCAAAUAAUUUGAACAAUUUGAGUAGCUACCGUUAUUCUGGUUUGAUUCAUAGGAAAAGCGUAGGUGUUGUUGAUACGGCUGAUAAGAAAGGUUUUACUGUAGUGUAUAAAAAAGCUAAAGCUAUGAACAAGCCUGCAAAAGCUACAGUUAGGUGUACAAUGAAAGCCGGAGCUCGUCGUUCUCUAUAUAAGUUGAAGCGAUUGCUUACAAAGAACAAGUAUCGUGUAGACCUUACAAAGGCUGCCUUGCGUCGCGCUAGUGCUGUGUUGCGUUCUCAGAAGCCUUUACCUGCUAAGAAGACCCGCACAACCAAAAAGGCUGAUUAAUUUGUGUACAUUAAUAAAUAUACAUUUUAAUGUAAA